AUGGCGGCAAGUCUGCUUGGAUUCACAGCCAUCGGGUCACUGCUGGCCCUUCUCUUGGCUGCGCAAGGGGCCCACGCUGCCGUUGGGAACUACAUACCCUCUGUUCCCUGGGGCUGUCCGACCGUGGCUCCGGAGGAGUUUGUCGCGCUCCCCCUGAGCUCUCUCGAGUGCCGAUACACUUUGAACGUCAGCGCAUCCACGAACGGCAGCUGUUGGUACAACGCUUCUGGAAGCUAUGACCCUUCGCACGUCAGUCCUGCGGUAAAUCAGACCUCAAUCGGAUGCGCCGGUAGCGUCAAUGCGCUUGCCUGCCCAGCUGCAACCGGGCCGUACUAUGCGAAUUAUCCGCUGAUUGUGGCCUUUUUGCCUGUACGGCAUCGAUCGGAACUGUUCCUACAACCCAUUCACUGGGGCUUGGCUGUCCCUGGAGGUGCAGCCCAUCCUGCCGACGUAUUACUUUUGUCCAAACCAACUGACACCGGUACGCCAAGCCCCUUUGACACCCGCUCCGGUGCCACCGAUCCUCCUCGCAACCCCGCCUCCUCUCCCGACCACUCCGCCUCCUCUAGUUACUACCCCGCCUCCUCUCGUUACCACCCCGCCUCCUCUAGUUACUACCCCGCCUCCUCUUCUCACUACCCCGCCUCCUCUCCCUCCUCUCACAACCCUGCCUCCUUUUGCUACUACCCUGCCUCCUAUCCCUGGCGCAGGGAAACGUGA